AUUAAUGUAAAGGCUGAUUGUGACUCUGAAAUGAGUGCAUGAAGUCAUUGUCUUAGGCACAUCGUGCUGUUUCAGCCGCUGUCCCACCGAGAGCGCUUCCAAAUAAUUAACACCUAGAAGUUUCCUCGAAGUUCGUGCAAUGCAAACGUUGAAUUGCCGCGUGCAUGCUGCAGCACAGAAGAUCAAUCAACGAGCCAAACUAGAGAGAACCAAGCCUUGAUUCAAGAUCGACUGUCCGCCGGCAACGCACCACUCAGCCUUCUUACGUCUAUAGGGGCCACAAGGAAGUGAGUACAAAUACCCGCUCAUCCACCUUUCUAAAGACCCAUCGAACACCUUCUUCGUUCUACGACUCCCAACUUACGAUCAAUCUUCAACUGACCUCUCCAAUACUCAUCAUGAUCUCAUUCACAACUUUCAUCCUUACCCUCCUGGCUCUCUUCAGCCUCUCCCUCUCUGCUCCUACGCGCAGAGAUGUUUUCGUCCCUCCAAUCAUGUACCCCCAAGCUGGUGUGGUCUGGAUGGCUGGUCACCAUCACAAUGUUACAUGGAAGACCGAUGAUGCACCCGUACAAAUCACCAACGGGAUCGGCAGGGUAUAUCUAGCUACCAACUCCAUCAUUGAUCUAGACCAUCCUUUGGCAACUGGCUUCGACAUCUUGGAUGGCCGCGUCGCCAUCCAAGUACCGUCGGUGGCUACAGGUCAGAAUUACUCAGUUGUCCUCUUCGGUGACUCGGGCAAUUACAGCCCACAAUUCACCAUCAUCGGCCAGUAAUCGGUACCCUACCACGUCCUACCUAAUCACGCGACGAACAAGUAAUGCCAAUGCUGCACGGAGGGCGCGCAGGUGUAAUCGUGCUCCACUGUAGUGACUUUAAUGCGAUGGACUAAUAGUUAUGCACUCGGAUCUUAGUGGACAAUUUGUAUGUAGUUUAGUGGCGAUAAAGUUGCUUC